AUGGAUCCAAUCAAAUACCUUUUCGAGAAACCGGCAGUGACUGAGAGGAUGGCCAGGUGGUUGUUGCUAUUAUUAGAAUUCGACAUAGCUUAUGUCAAUCAAAAAUCUGUGAAAGGGCAAGCAAUCUUCGACCAUUUGGCAACAUUCCCUACAGGAGUUGAUCCCCCACCAACAGAGGACUCUUUCCUAGAUGAAGAUUUACACUCCAUAGAAGCAGAACCAAAUGAAGGGUGGCAGCUGUAUUUCGAUGGAGCCGCAAAUCAAAAGGGGUUUGGCACUGGGGUAUUACUGAUAACCCCAGUGGAUUUUUACUUGCCGAUGAAAUUCCGGUUAGAAUUCAGUUGCACCAAUAACAUAGCAGAGUAUGAAGCUUAUGCUAUUGGGUUGGAAAUGGAUUUGUCUGUAGGGGUGGACAAGAUUAAAGUUUUUGGAGUUUCCUCCGUUGUGAUUUGUCAAACACAAGGGAAGUGGAAGACUAGGGAUGAAAAGCUAAAGCCCUACCAGGUGUAUUUGGAUCAAUUGACCCGAUGCUUCAAAAAAGUCUCCUUUGAAUAUCUGCCCAGAGAUAAUAAUCGGUUUGCCGAUGUCUUGGCCACUCUGGCAUCUAUGGUAGAAUGUGAUACACAGGACAAGAUCCGGCCUUUUCUGAUAGAAAGAAGGACUAGCCCAGCAUAUAAAGAGCCAGUCAAUGCACUCACCGAGGAUGGAAGGCAUUGGUACACUCAGUGA